UGGUGUCAAUUUCGUUGAGUAUUUGGAUUCUCCAAAACAGGUUGUCAGAAAGUACCGGGUGUGUGAUGUGAUAAAACUAUUCAACCAGAAAUACAGUGAAGCUUGUGGGAAAAUGUGCCGAGUACCUUAUUUAAAAGGAGGAUUUACUGUUACUGGUUUGCCAGAAGGUAUUACAUUUAAAAAACCCAGUCAGUAUGGUAUUAAACAGAUUUCCAACAUUAUGAAAAAUGCGCAGAAUAUUCAUUUCAAAAUAAUCGAAUCACCGCAAGUAGAAAAAGUUUUGACAGAGAAUCGUAAAUAUUCUGAUCAAGAGAGAGAAUGUUACCGAUCUGUGUUGAAGAAAGUUGUUUUUGAAGAAGCCAAAGUAUCAAUGUGCUUGAUACGUAACAAGCUGAUUGAAGAAUGCGAUUUGGUGGUAACUGAUGUAGAUUUGACAAAGUCAGAGCUCGAUUUGUUGACUGGGAAACUUAAAAAUUUUUUCAAACCUGAUGCCUUUGCGACUCUUAUUGCCAACUGUAAAAGCAGUCGAACACACGAAGGAUACAUUCUUCCGGUUUAUACUGACUCUGAUGAACCGUAUUGGCUCUUCUAUUAUCCUGGUGCAGCUGAAAGCAUUGAAUCAUUGUCUACUGAAGAUAAGAUUUGGGGAUAUUGGUUAGACAAGACGAGCUCAGAGCUAACUUAUAAACUCAUUAAAACCCAGAAAACAAACAUUAUUGGACUAAACCUAAUCUGUUACCAGGACAAAGAAUUAGGAACUUUAAGGUUAAAAACCAAAAUUUUUACAUCCCAAAUAAGCAUACCUUUCGGUUUUCACACGUCUGUUCUGGAAUGCCUUGCUAAACAGGAUUUCCUGUAGUGUGUUAAACUUUUUUUUGUAUAGCAUGUUCAUGUUGUUACCAAUAAUUGUAUGCACCUAAAGUAUUCGUAUUCUUAUAUUAUGCACAAGUGUAGUUUGAAUGUUAAGAAAUAACUAUCGGGGGAAACGUGUAAAAAAAUUUCCAAAUGUU